CUACAAUCACUGGUUGAUUACGCACACAUUGGCGGCCCGGUUCGCUCCGUUGUCAAACGUGUCUGACAUUUUGUAGUAAAUAAUGCUGCAAUUGAAGUGAUUAUAUCGUGUUUGUGAUAGUGAAAAGAAAUAAAUAUCCAAAAUGAACGUCAAGGCGGCUUUGGCCAUUACUAUGGUCUUUGUGGGAUGUUGUUCCAACGUAGUGUUUUUAGAAAUGGUUGUAAAAGAAGACCCGGGUGCGGGUAAUUUAGCAACAUUCCUACAAUUUUUAUUCAUCGCUACAAUGGGAUUUAUAACAGUUGGAAAAUUCGGCACAGCGAAAAGAAACAUUCCAUUCAAACAAUAUUUAUUACUAGUUGGAUUUUUCUGGACGAGUAGCGUUGCGAACAAUUAUGCAUUCGACUUCAACAUAUCGAUGCCUUUGCACAUGAUAUUCAGAGCUGGGUCGUUGAUGGCGAACAUGGCUAUGGGUGUAUGGAUCUUAAAGAAGAGCUACCCACCAUUGAAGUACCUGGCCAUCUUUAUGAUAUCAGCUGGUAUAGCUUUAUGUACUAUAGUAUCCAGCGGCGAUGUGAAAGCACCUAGGGAAACUCACGAAGAUGCAGCUGAGGAAGAGAGACUAAAGUUCAUUGACUGGCUCUGGUGGUGUCUAGGAAUAGCUAUCCUAACCUUCGCCCUGUUCGUAUCAGCUCGUAUGGGAAUCUUUCAAGAAUCACUAUACUCAAAGUACGGAAAGCAUCCAUGGGAGGCAUUGUAUUACACGCACUUACUACCAUUAGUAUUCUGGUUGCCAACAGCCUCAAAUCUUAUUGGACACGUCAAAAUCGCCACAGAAACGCCUAUAGUAGAAUUCCUUGGCUUUGAAUUUCCAAGACAAGUUUUGUGGUUAAUCCUCUAUGUCUUAACUCAGGGAUUAUGCAUCAGCGCUGUUUACGUAUUAACAACUGAAUGUGCGUCUUUGAUCGUGACCUUGACAGUGACAUUAAGGAAGUUUGUGUCGCUUCUCUUCUCCAUCGUUUACUUCAGAAACCCAUUCACUCUUGGACAUUGGAUUGGUACUCUCCUAGUCUUUAUUGGUACCAUGAUCUUCACUGAGCUCCUACAGAAGACGGUAGCAUUGUUCGUACCAUCGAAAGUCGAGAAGAAGAAGAAGAAAUAAUACGCAAUGUGUUUUAGAUAAUCAGACUGUAUGGAAUAGAGUGAUUGAUUUCGUGGUGAGAAUAGUCCCUGCAAGAGCUGGUCCCUUCUAGAUUAAUAAUAAUAGUGGUUUCUUCUAUUAUAAUAGUGCUUAAUCAAACUUUUUACCAUAGACGUGUCUCUCAGCUCACCUUGCUAAGUAUCAAACACAGUGCUACUCAAAAAUGCAAAUACUAGUGAUAAAAACAAGUUCGAGAUGUGCACACCGUUAUUCUACAGUUAUAAAAAUAGCAACUCUAUAGUGAUAUGAUUGUAAUCAAUUGUCAUGGACGCUAUAUUCAAUUGUUUGAAGUGCUAUCGUAAGGUUGCCGGUAGUUAUUCAGUUAGAUGUUACAUACUAAAUUCAUAAGAUAAAA